AGCCGCUCGGGCUCAAGGCUUGCCGACUCCCGGCGGCCGAGCCGGCCACUCUCGGGGGGGGGGGGCACGCGCUCUCGCGCCGUUUUGCGACCCUCGCGCCGCCCCUGCGCCGGCCAUGGUGGUGCCCCUCGCGGUGACCAGCGGGGCCGCCGACGUGAUGCCGCCCGAGGAGUCCAGGACGUACAGGAUGCUGCUCGGGGGCCUGGCCGUGGGCUAUUUCAUCGUGAUCGUCAUGGGGCUCGUGUCGGGGUCCGUCGACAACGUCAUCAACGACAUCUUCGUGUGCGUGGUGGCGGCCGCCAUAGCCCAGGACGCCCGGCGCGUGGGGCAGUGCAGCAUCAUGUUCGCGAUCUUCGCUUGUUUGGUCACGAUCUUCAACGUCAUCCAGUUCAUCGGGCUGCUCAGCGCUAAGAACACGAUCGAGAGCCCCGGCGCCUCAUACCUCUUCAGCCUCGACUGCCCCUACGACGUGACGCUCAAGGUGGGCCAGGCCACGAACGUGACCGUCACCAGCGACGGCCGGCAGAUCACCCUGCCCCAGAACUACGAUGGGGUGCAGUUCCACUUCGAGCACAUGUGCAACUGGCGGUGGGUCGUCGGCAACGUCUCGACGCUCCUGAGCCUGCUGCUGGACCUGCUGGCCUCCGCCAUCGGCUGCAAGCUGUGGCGCACGGUCAGGGGCGGCGUCGGUGGCGACGGCGGGCUGCUGCAGGGCCCCGGGGGCGGCAUGCCGGGCAUGCCGCCCGCGGGCGGCCCGGGCGGCGGCGGCGGCGGGCCAGGCUUCGCUGGGUUCGGCGGGCAAGGAAACACCCUCGGCGGGGGGCCGGGCGCCAGGGCCGCGCCCGGCGGCCCGGGCCAGGUGGGCGGCCCGCGCGCGGGUUUGUUCCAGGGCCAGGGGCAGACGCUGGGCUCCUGAAGCGAGGGUCGCGUCGCUCCCCCCCCCCUUCCCCCGACCCGCCGGGUGAGAAACGCUGGCCGCAAAGGUUCCGCUUGCACUCCUCUCAUUCCUCUCACCAUCGAUCGGGCGUAGGGCCCACAGGUCGGAGGCGUCGGGCCCGUAGGACCUGCAGGUCGGAGUCGUCCGCAGAAGGGAGGCGCGCCGCGUAUACGCGGGAACCAGCCCUAUGCGUCUCAGUCCGAUGGGUCCUCCGAGACAAGGGCCGCCCUCCGUGGCGUGCUCCACUCUCUUUGGGCCUCCUGGAGGCUUCUCGUCACCACGGCCAGAUCCGCGUCGAAAACUGCGCCAAAACUAAUUUUGAGCGCUUUUUGGCGACUGGAGACUGAGG